GUUUUGUGACGUCAGUCAGUGUUUUGUUGACACUUGUGUUGCAGCAGAAAGUGACAUACAGUAAUCAAGCAGCUGUGUGUACAAAGACAAAAUAGAGCACCGCUCAUCGCAAGGACUGCACUUUAAUAUUCUCAUCGUGUAAUAGCACUUCACAACACAGCCUUUACGAAUGGAGUGAGAAAGGAAUAAAAAAAAGACCUAUACAACACAGGGGAGGGCAAUAUCUGGAGAAGAGUCUGGGAGGGAGUACUAGAGAGAAUGUGAAGCACAAUGGCGGAUUUUGAAACAUAUCAGGAGUACCAGCGGAUAGAGGACUUUGAGGAAGAUUCCCCCCCCGGAGAAGAGGACCUACUAGUGCAUGUCCCUGAAGGCUUGAAAGAUUCAUGGCAUCAUAUCAAGAACCUGGAUAAUUUCUUCACAAGAAUUUAUCAUUUUCACCAGAAGAAUGGCUUUGCCUGCAUGAUGCUGUCAGAGUUCUUUGAACUGGUACAAUUCCUGUUCGUUGUCACCUUUACCACUUUCCUUUGCAAUUGUGUGGAGUAUGACGUUCUCUUUGCCAACAAGGCAGUGAAUCACACCACCCACAGCGGAUCCUCCCUGGAGAGGAACAAGGUCACCCUGACUGACGCCAUCCUGCCCAGCCAGAAAUGCACUGAGAGAAUCCAAGGAAAUGGUUGGAUCAUCUUCCUUCUUAUUAUGGCUGCUAUAUUCUGGGUCUAUCGACUGGUCAAAGUGUUCUGCAACAUCCUGAGCUACUGGGAGAUCCGACAAUUUUAUAUCAAAGCACUGAAAAUAACCAUGGACGAGCUUUGCAACUACACGUGGCAGGAGGUCCAGGGCCGGCUGACCAACCUGCAGCGGGAGCAGCAGAUGUGUAUCCACAAGAAGGAGCUGACUGAGCUGGACAUCUACCACCGCAUCCUGCGCUUCAAGAACUACAUGGUGGCCAUGGUCAAUAAGUCCCUGCUGCCCGUCCAGCUGCACCUGCCCCUGCUGGGCGACGUGGUCUUCCUCACGCAGGGCCUCAAGUACAACUUUGAGCUCAUCUUCUUUUGGGGGCCUGGCUCCCUUUUCCAGAACAAAUGGAACCUCCACCCCAAGUACAAACGGGCCGGCAAUCGUCUAGAGCUGGCCACCCAGCUGAGCCGCGUCAUUCUGCUGGCGGGCCUGGCCAACUUGCUGCUGUGCCCCUUCAUCCUGGUCUGGCAGGUGCUCUACGCUUUCUUCAGCUACACAGAGACCAUCAAGCGGGAGCCCGGAAGCCUUGGUGCUCGCCGCUGGUCACUAUAUGGCCGUCUCUACCUGCGGCACUUCAACGAGCUGGAUCACGAGCUGCACGGGCGCCUGGGACGCGGAUACAAGCCCGUCUCCAAGUACAUGAACUCCUUCACCUCACCGCUGUUCACGGUCAUCGCCAAGAACGUGGCCUUCUUCUCGGGCUCCAUUCUGGCCGUGCUGAUCGCGCUAACUGUCUACGAUGAGGACGUUCUCACCGUCCAGCACAUCUUGACCGCCAUCACCAUGCUGGGCGUGGUCGUAACCGUCACAAGGUCUUUCAUCCCAGAUGAGCACAUGGUCUGGUGUCCAGAGCAGCUCCUGCAGUGUGUGCUGGCCCACAUUCACUACAUGCCUGAUCACUGGAAGGGAAAUGCCAACAAAUCUGAGACCAGGGAUGAAAUGGCACAGCUCUUUCAGUACAAAGCGGUAUUUAUUCUGGAGGAGCUGCUCAGCCCCAUCGUCACUCCGUUUAUUUUAAUUUUCUUCUUGAGGCACAAGUCCCUGGAGAUCAUCGACUUCUUUCGCAACUUCACGGUGGAGGUGGUUGGGGUCGGGGACAUCUGUUCCUUUGCCCAGAUGGACAUCCGCAAACACGGGAACCCACAGUGGCUGUCGGAGGGGCAGACAGAAGCCUCAGUGUAUCAGCAGGCUGAGAAUGGCAAGACAGAGCUGUCGCUGAUGCACUUCACCAUCAAGAACCCACGCUGGCAUCCCCCCCAAGAAAGCUCCUUCUUUAUCAGUCACCUGAAGGAGAAGGUGCAUCAUGAUGCCGCUGGCGCCCCUCCUGCCCAGCACAUCCUGUCGGAGGCCCCACUUUUCUCCUCACUACUCUCCAAUGAGUCUGGAACCGCACCUGAUAACCUGCUGGCCAGUGUCAUUGCCCACCCAGUCCUCACUGCCUCAGGGCUGCCAGGGAGGGACCGGCGCUUCGUCCAGCCCAGCACCACUGCUUCUGCCGCGGCCAGUGUCCUGGCAUCUCUCUCCACCUCCCAGCAACCCAGCCGGACCCGUUCCCACAUCCUGCUGCCUUCCACCUACCCUGAGAACCCCAUGUACCGCAGUGACAGGACCGUCAUAGAGGAGAGAAGUGACUCCCGAAUCCGGAGUAUCAAUCGCUCUGCUCUGCUGUCAGAAUUUGCAUCGGCUGAAAUGAGCCUCCACGCCAUCUACAUGCAUGAGGUUCACCAACAGAGCUCUCUUCCUCAGCAGGUAUCUGGACAGUGGCAGGCUUCAGUCCCACUAGGAGACCUCCAAAGCAACCCAGGGUUUUUGUCACAAUCUAGCCAACCUGAGAGCCUCUCUGGUCUCUCCCAGCUCCGUCUCGGGGGGUGGACAGAAGAGGAGGAGAUUGUCAAUGAAACGCCUGCACUCUCAGGGUCUGGAGUUGGGAGUUAAAGUGCCUUUAAACACAAGAGGUUAUACCACUUGGAUUUCGAAGAAUGGUGUGGCCUUAGAUCACCUGUGUAAACACAAUCAGUGUUCAGUGUUUCAGCCUGCUGUGUAUUGUGGGGUAAAGGAGCUACUCCCCACAGUCUUCCAGUUACACAAGCAGAAGCAAAAUGUCUUCCAGAAUUAUUUUUUUUAGCUCAUUUUUUAAAACACAAACCUUGUUACAAACUUCGGGUGUGUCGCCCAAGCCAAGGUGUUGUAUUUUACAAAAUACAAAAAGUAUAAGCUAGACUUUUCUGAGGGGGGAAAGGAGUAGCAAACUUGAAAACCUAAGAGUAAGGUAACAACAUGUUUUACAUUUUUAAUACAAUAUUAAAUCUGAUAAGAUGAAGAAAAGGUGUUUACGUUUAUAAUAGCAGCGAUCACAAGUCUGUAAUUCUGUUUGCUUGAAGUGACGGACUAGUCACCUUAGGAUCUGCCUAGUUCCCUUCUUGAACUUUUAAGCUAAUAUUUCUGUCAAUCUUUAUAUCAUGUCUAGCAGAAAUCCAUAGGCCUGAUUUUUUUUAUUUAAAAAAAAAAACAUUGUACAACCAUCUUUUGUUUAAUUUUGUUUCAACCAAGUCCUACUAGUCAACCAAUCGCUUUUUGUUUUAUAUAAGAUUUCAACAGACUCAAACAGCUGUCAUGCCACCAGAGACCUGUAAAUAUACAACCUGCUACUUUUAAGACACACGCUUUGUAAAGAAAAGAGAGUUAAUGCUGGCUCUUCAAUAGAAAUUAUAAUUUUGUAGAAUGUUGUUUUGUUUAAUACACACAGAAUAAUUUUACUAGCACUGUAAAGUUAUAUAGGCUUAAAUAUACAUAGCUAGGUCCUGGUUGGCACAAAAAGCUGUGGACUGUUACACUGUUUCACAGUAUGUUUUAAUACAUAGCAAGAUCAUACUUGAGCUCUCUCUCUACUGUUUGCCAUCAAUUACAUGCCGAUAUUAUCUAUCCACACAGAAAUGAAAUGACAGUAAAGGUGUGUCCAUACUAGCUUCCUAUAAUAAUAAUCUGACUAGCAGCAUGAAUUCUGAUUGUUUACUGUGUUGACUGGUGUUUUUGAUAUAUCAAGUUUGGGGAAUUUGGGGUCUUGCGGUUGUUUUUAUUUUAGAUGAAGGGAGUUUGUUAUGAACGAUACCUUGUAAGGACAUCUGUAUUUGUGUGUGUGUGUGUGUGUAGGUUUUAUUGUGCUUGAUGGGUCAAAAAAGUCUCCACAAGGAAGGCAAGUCUGACAAAACCUACCUUAUGAGGACACAGGCCAAGUUCUUGUAGUGUUUAAACAGAUAUUAAACAGUCAUUAUUGAGUUUUAAAACAAACUAAUAGUGCCCAAAUAUUUUGUUUGUUGUUGACUUUCACCCUGUGUGGAGUUUAGUUUGACUGGAGUUAGGAAUAGUAAAUUAAAAUAUAGUGAGAGUCAAUGAGAAGUCCUCAUAAACACUAUAAACAAACGUGUGUGUGUGUGUGAAAAUAAAUCACAUUUGUGUGGCUUUUAAACAGUGUUUCUUCUCAUUUGGAAUGUUUUCAACAAGCCAAAAAGAUUAUUUGUAUUAUUAUUAUGUUUGUUGUUUCACACAAAACAGUACUAAAUAAAUCAUUUAAAAAAAAGAUUGUGACUGCUUAUAAACGUCAUAAAGAGGUAAGUUUAUUGUUGCACUGUUUAGAAACCAUACAAAAAACCUGUCAGCUUGCACAUUGUAUAAAAAUGGGUUAAAUUAUAAAAGUAUUUUUUUCUCAUUCUCAUCUGUUCUGUCAAUUUCCAGUCAUCACAGUAACACCAUUGCUUGUUGCCCCCUAGAUGCAAUGACCACUAUAGGAAAAAAAAAACUGUGCCACCACCUAGACCCAUUUGAGACUUGCAUCAGGUUUACAGCACACCCAUGUGGUUACAGCUUUAAUUAAUAGUGUAAAGCAUCACUGAUUUACUUUAUACAGCUAACAUUUUUUCCACUCUUGAAUAUACAUACACCGUAUAUGAGGGGCUGUAACAGCAUAGGAAUUAAAAAAAUGUAUUACUUAGAACAAAUACUUUUUUGUCAUAGAAUAUUCAUGUAUAUUAUGUAUUCAAAUAGCAUUUGUAAAUACUGUAAUAUUAUUACAUAUGUAAUGUAUCACUGUACAUUGCAUAUAUUAAAAUAACUAUAAAGACAUAUACAGAUACUUUACAGCUAUGUCCAAAAGUUUUGCAUCACCUAGAAUUUUAGGAUUGAGACAUAAAAUACAUACAUUUAUGUGUGUGUGAACAUAAUUUAGAUAUUUUAUUUAACAUCAUGUAAUCAAAAAAAAAAAAACUACAAAUUCUACCGGAAGCCAUAAUAGUAGUACAGUAUUUCAUGUUAGAAUUCGAAUGCCACAUUUUUCAAUUUGUCAGUUUUCCGCAAAGUAUAUGGAAAACUACAAAGUGGUAUGUAAUUCAAUAUGUUAACAUAACAUCAUUCAGCUGGUUUCAUUCGACUUUAUGAUGCAAACUUCUAUAGGGUGUUGCAAAACGUUUGGCCAUAGCUGUAAACAUAGCUUUUAACUGUUGACCAACUGAGCAUUUUGCACUGUACAAAGAAAUUAUUUAAAAAAAAUAUGCUUGGGUGGGAUCUUUGAUAAUUUUUUGCCUUGCUGUUUCGUGGACAGUCCAUUUGUUUUGUUUUUUAGUGCAAACAGUUUUGUUCAUCAGGUGCCAUAGAUCAUAUCUGUAGGAGUCAGUUUUAAUCAUGACCACUGCUGGCUGGCAAUGAAGUGGUAAACCCAUGAGUAUUACUGGGGAAACUUGACUCUGAAGUCAAUAAUUACUACUCUCUACUUCUGUGUUUAUACACCAAGCUCUAGCCACUAACUAACCUCCCAUCCCCAAAUAGAUUACCAGCAGGAAUGUACAGUAUUUAUAACCUGUAGUGGAUUAGAAAGGAGACUGCAUCCUUUGACAUAGGGAUCAGUGAAACAGAUUGUCUUUAAAGUGGUUAGGUGUGAAUCUCAUCUUGUUGUAAACUUUGGCCACCUGCUACCGUUUCCGUUAUGCAGUGUUCAAUUCAAUCUACAACCUAACGCUACACAUAGGUCAGAGAUUGCCUAUGUCUAUCAUGUUUUGUAUAAUUUGCUAUUUUUACAUUAAUUCACUUUACCUCCAGUGUUUCCCUGAUAGUGUAACUAAUUGACAGCCCUGAAUUCCCUUAUAAUAGUUUACCAUAGUAAACGCAUAGCACAGUGUAAUAAAGCAUGGCAAAGCAUAUCAUUGUAAAGAAAGGUGACAAUGACCAUGGGAAAAACUGCAAAGGACUACUGCAAAAUCUUUCUGUUUUUAAUCUUUGAAUACCUUAAACACUGCUGCCAAGUCACUAGUGCUAAAAUGACGAAUGUAGCUGGAUGUCUUAUUUGCCUGGUGAUAACUGUUUCUGGUUGAUUUUACCUUCCCAUAGUCAUUAUUCCUGCAAGCAAUAAAGGCAACAUGCAGUCUUCUAUUGCAUGUAUUGAUCCACAGCUGCACUGGUCUUGACAAACAAAUUAAACCAAACAUAAAAAAAGGAUGCUGUCUCUGUAUCACUUUCUAUUAUUUUUUUUUUUUUUUGGCAAAUGUCAAGAAAUAUACUACACUCAAAAAGAGUAUAUAAGUUAUCUUUGUAAUGUAUAUGUACUAUUAAAUAUUAAAAGAAUGGGUAAAGGCAGCUAAACCUACAGUAGUAUCAAACUAUAACACUCUCUAUUUUUUUAUAUCAUUAAUUAAAAAAAAAUUGUUACAUACUGUUUAUUUAAGCCUCAGUUUUAUACGUGUGUCAUACAUGCCUGCAGAGAAAGCAAACGUCAGUUUCAGGGCAGAGUACCCCACUGACGCCUAGAGGGAGCCAAAUACAGUAUAUAAUGAAACUCAGCAAGACCCCUCCUCUGACUUAAACUAUGGAUUUAACAUAGGCAAAACUACACCGUCUGCCUUUUUAUACUAGUAUGUAUAGUUAGAGCCGGUAUUGUUUGAAUUCAUGAUCAUUACACAUUUAUUCAGUUGGGAUGACUAUACCUAUAACUUUGGCUAAAAACUAUCACUGAGUACAUGACAUAUCAUAUAGAUAUUUUGUUAUGUCUUAUUAGAAGUUGACCAAUGUAGCAUAUUGUAGAUAACCACCUUUUGCACAUUUCAUAAAGGGUCGAUAGAUACUAAAGUAUUAUAUCAAGUUGAUGGUACACCUCUUAAUGUGAUUAUGUUUGUAUCCCUUUAUCACAUAAAGCAAAUGAUUUAAUGAAGGCUUUGUGUUGUUGAAAAUCAAAAGGAAUGCAAUUUUUGAUUACAAUAUGCAGAUGAUACUGUUAACCAGUAAUUGUAUUAAGCGCUUUUUUUUUUACUGCAGCUGAUUGUCAGUUUGAUUUCAAAGCUGUGUAAUAAUUUGCAGUUAGUCAAAGAGGUAUUUGGUCAGCUGUUUGUCACACAAAAAAAAAAAAAACAGUAAUCUUUUUUGUGUAUGUAUAUCAAAAGGGGUAAUGUGUGCUAUGUUUGUAUGUAACCUUUUAGGCCAUUUUAAAACCUGACUGCUUUUCAGCUUGUAAAAUCUGAUUCUAACAGUAAGACAGACUUAACCCACAUCAGAAGGACUGAAAUCUGCACACUUCCUUCUAGCUGCCUGUGAUAUAUCUGCAUCAUACUGACAUGUAACAUGUUUAUUCUGCCUAUACCCACUCCAUUAGGACACUAUUUACUGUACUACAUGUACAAGCCAGUUGAGACCACUGGUACUGAGGUGCUAACCGAGUUACAGUCCCAUAUUUCUUCAUUAUUAGGACAUGCUUGCUACAAUGAUCCCCGAGUCUGCUCAGUUUACACUACUUAAAGAUAUAAGUGCUUUAGGAAUAUGUUUUAUUUGUUUUCUGUUCUUUGAAAGAUAAUUCUGUUUUUGUGUGUAUUAAUGGAUAUAGUGGUUUGAAAGAAUGUAUCUGGUUUAAAAUAAUAAACAAAAAUAACUUUAUUUGCAAGCCA